AUGGAAAUGGGUCGGCAAGCAGUCUCUAACGCAACCCACAAGCCUGAUUUGAAUGAACCUUCUCAACAGUCAAAUGAUAAAAAUGCUUCACAAGCCAAUCCAUCUCAGCACGCAACAAAGCAGCUCAAGAUGACGCUUGAUGAGGCUCAUUUGAUUUUGAAUGUCAAGCGAGAGGCUAGUUUAGAUGAUAUUCAACACAACUAUGAUCACCUAUUCAAAAUGAAUAGCCCUCCUCAGCCUAAGGUAGAUCCGAAAGCAGAGGCCCAACCAAAGAAACCUCAAAGAAGAAGUCACUUAAACAAAGUCAAGCCAGAUACACAGCCGUACAGUCAUUACUUGCAAUCAAAGGUCGUUAGGGCCUUUGAGAGAAUACAAGCUGAACAGAGUAGUAGGAUUGAAACUGAGAAGACGGAAGAUGUACCAGGUACAGAUCAAAAUGCUAAUCAAGAUGCCCAGUCGAGUGACAAAGCCCAAAAUACUGAAUCAUCCGACAAAACGGAGAAAAAGGAUUAA